AUGAGGUCCUUCACACACUGGAAGCUCCUGGAAGCUCCGUUUAUUGGAUCACUGGAUCCAGGUGUGGCCCACGGACUGCUCCUUCGAUCCUUAGCAAUCUUCUUUGACUUCGUUCUUGUAACAGUGUUAGAAUCACAGCCUUACUUGGAAGUAAGUUCCGUCAGAAUCACUUCCGAAAACAUGCAUUUACCAUUGCGAGAGGGGGGGGAAAUCAAUUUUUGUUUUAAGUGGUGGUCUCACAAUACUCCCCGUUGAACUUUCUGUCCAGGUUGCCAAACCAUUUGGAGAUGCAAGGAGCUCUUCAGCUUUCGGCAUGGAAUUGAAUCGAGACGUAUCGGAGAUGGCCUGGAGAACAGUGGGGCAGGAUGACAACAGCAAACUUGGCGGUAAGGGAUCAGCUCUCUCUCCCACCCCCCCCUUCCCCAAAUCGUGGAGCUGAAAAUGUGCGCCCGAGGGAGAGGAAUCUGAACAAAAAUGCCAAACCGGAGCCCUUCAGACUCCUGGGUUGCGGCCGCCACCCACCCACCCACUCCUCUGGCCCCCGCCCGUCUCUUCCCUCGCAUCGUCUUAGUAGCCCAGGCUGCCCAUCCCCAAACCUGAAGGUGCCAAAUCACGUUACUGCUGGCGUCGGAAGCCCCUUUCGGAUCCGUGACAGCUGAGCUCUCCUUAUCGAUUAUGUGACAGUGCGCUUCAUUGGCGCAGCCCCAGAAGCUCCCGUUUGGACAAGGAGAAGCGACUCCACUUCCUGUAGGCCCUGGAACCUGAUCGAUCAGAUUUUAAUGCGGAGAGACACUCCCGAGCCGGUCGCCGAACGGGUCCAGGCAGCGUCUGCUUCCCGCCUGACCUGGCCAGACAACCGCCUUGAAGCAAGAGGUCAAGGCGAGCAGGCGCCCGGAAAGACAAAAACCGUCUCGACUAAGCGCUGCCCAGGGGGUGUGGGUGGGGAGGCAGUAGGAGCAAUCGGGAUCCCAUAGGUGUGAAGGGGAAUAUUCUCUGUGGCUUGGGUGUACCCGGGCACCACCCAUAAUAUGCGUCCCCGAGGGCUGAAGAUGGUUGCGCAGGCCUCAGUUGCCUACAAGGUGGCAUUGGCCAUAUUUUGAGAGCAGGCUGGCGCUGGCGGCUCCAUUCGAUAACGUUGAUGCGGAAAUCUCAUCUCCUAGCAUCUAAUCCAGGCAUAGGCAAACUAGGCCCUCCAGAUGUUUUGGGACUACAACUCCCAUCAUCCCUAGCAGGAACAGUGGUUAGGGAUGAUGGGAAUUGUAGUCCCAAAACAUCUGGAGGGCCGAGUUUGCCUGUGCCUGAUCUAAUCGCACCCCAGCAAUUAGUUUCCAGUAACAUUCCGAAGAGCAGCGCAUCUGAGUAGGAAGGCUGCUUUUCUGAAAUUUGCCUUUUCCAAGCCUGAUAUGUUUCUAAGGUUUGUAUGAGGCCUGUUCCCGCAUCACACUGAACACAGACGCAAGUGGUCUGUAGACACGUACCAGUGUUUGUGUGAAAGAACGUUCAUUUGUUGAUCUGUACAGUCCCGCUCUUUUGUCCACAGGUACACAGGCUGUGCACUCUUGAACGUUACGUGUGAAUCGCUGUACACGUGUGGAGCUCAGCUCAAUGACUUAUAUCCGGUUGAUACAUUCGCUGAAGGGAACCUGAGGGCAUCCCUGUGCGUAGGUGUGCUUCUGCCUGUCCCUUUCCAUAGGAUGGGCAGACAGAGGGACACUCGCAAUGGCUCUCUCCUUCUUGCUCUACGGUACUGUGUCUUGUUUCUCAAGGCCUUCCUGGCGAGACCGCGGACAAGAUGGACCGAGCAAGAUUUCAGCUAGAUAAUGGGCCAUGGGUUGACAAAUAUGAUUGAGGAAGUGGGGCACACACCUGCACGCACUUUUAAAAAGGGUGUUGGGAGCGAGUUGCGAAAAGCAGGCGAAGCCCUUGAAGUCCUUGGGGUGGGGACUCACAAUCCACUAUCUAGGGCCAAGCAAAGUCGAAGCGAGUUGUUUCAGGACUGCAGGACAUUCCGAGUUGGUGUUAAACAAGGAAUUGCCCUGGCAAAGCGAAAAGCUUAGAUGGACAGCAGCUUUUGCAGCAGAAUCCUGAACAAUACACCUUAUUGCAAGCCAUAGCUGCUUCAGGUGUAUUUAAGACCGCGGCUUUAAGAUGCUAACGUGCCCGGCCUACGUUUGCUGAGCUGGUUGGGUUCCAGUCUCGUGGGGUUUGUUCCCGAGUAAAUAUAGGGAAGAUUCGUGUAUAGGAUUGUGGCGUCGUUUUUGUCUAACGCCCUAUUCGCAUGUGUGUGAGAGAGGAAGGGAGAGGGAGCAAACGGAAUACACAGACAAACGCGUUGAUUUGGAAGUAAGUCCCGCUACAUUCUGUGUCGCUUAUUCUCGGGUUAAGGUGCACAAGGCUGCAGCCUGAAGCAUCCAUAUACACGCGCUUAUUAUUUCCAAAGAAGUUUCAUUGACUCAAUAAGAUCUGCUUCUAAUGUAAUAGCAUUUAGAAAAGGGCGUAAAGGACGUGCAAAACUGCCUUUCCUAUCCUUCUGGAUAAACACGGCGUGUGGCAUUAGCGAUGUUAUACGACACGUGUGUUCGCAUACGAAUUGUUUGGGCACGUGCAUGUUUUACGUUUCAUCCGUGUUCCCCUCGCGUCGCGGAAUUGCUAAAUAUGCUUCUUAACUCCUUAGUAAGGCGCUUUAGGAGGGAUCGCACCCUUCCGGACAGAGAAUCGGUGACACUUGGAUCCUGAAUCCUAUACUUUUAAAAGCAAUUCAGUUAUUUCAGUGAAACUUACCUCCAAGUAAUGGACAUAGGGAGCUUGUGUGUGUGUAUUGUUAAUUCUGCUCAGAGUACACCCAUGACUAACUUAAACCCGUUCAUUUCAGGGAGGUCUUCUCCGAGCAUGAUUUUUAGGGUUGCUUCUGUGGCCUGGCAUCCUUACCCAUCAGCCAGUCCCUGAGCUCAGCUGCGGCUUCCUCGCCCACCCCCCUCCAGCUUGGGAGAGAAGUGGCAGGAGUCUGUUUUGCAGCGCCAACUCCCUGGGGCCGGAAGGGAGAACCUCUCCCACCUCAUUCCUCCCUCCAACACGUGUCCCCAAUGAUAUUAUACCUCUGCGCAGAUUUUUCACUGUAAGCCCAUCUUGGUUGAAAAGCCGGGGGCUCGAACGAAACAAAUAAGCAAAGUCAACCAAGCUGAGAGUCGACGCCUAACCCUAAACACAACGGCGUGGGGACUUUUUUGCUGCUCCUUUUCGUUUGCGCACAACUGACCCGAUGGCUUUUUGUUUAAAAACGUAUUUCCGCACUUCGGCGCUCCGCUCCAAGGUGACCAGCAUUAGGAUGUUACGAAUCACCUGCUUGUUAGUCAACAAGAAAUUGGAGGGAGGGGAGUGACCCACCCCAAAUAAAAAGCGAUUCGUUACCCAAAGGAAGCCCGCAGCCAACCGUUUCCCCCCACGCUGAAGGCAGAGCCCCGACAUUUUAAAAAUGAUUUUAAUUAAGGUUGAUGAGAAGACCAGAUCUGCCUAUGAGGUGAGGCCAUUAAUCCGGCUUCUGGAGCCGGGGACUCCCCCGCAGAAGGUCUCCAAGUGGGGGGCGACCCCCUGCCUGCCCGCCGCCUUCUCCUUCUCCCUUCCAGCAGAGGUUUCAUUACUUGCCGUUAGUGCCUGAAAACAAUGAAGGAUGUCGAACUGGGCUUUUAUUGAUUAUUUGUCACCCUGUAUUUGUCAGUUUCAAUCACUUUCCCCCCCUGAAGUUUUACUUACGGGCACUUGAGUUUUCGGAUUAGCGCAGCUCUGAGGAUUGAAGGGAGGGGGUUGCAAUUAUCCGCUGGCCUGCUUCCCCCUCCCGAGAGAACAGGAGAGUGGUGAGAAACAAGGGGAGGGGAAUCGAGGUGGGCGCAGGCAUUAAUGUACAGAAGCGUUCAUCGGGCCUCACUCAAAAGCGGAGGAUUGCGCAGCCCAAAGGAGUUUGACCCUGCCUGGAAAAAAUAAUACCCAAGCGCGACCAAAAAGCGUUUGCUACUUUGCCCCGCGACUGGUCAGUUUAUUCUCUGUAGCCCUACAGGGCAUUGCUCACUAUGGUUUUCUCUCAGGGCCUGUUCGGCUCUAGUGUCUCUGUUUUGAUCACGUCUUCAGUUGGCUGUUUCUCUUUCGCUUUUAAAAGUGGAAAGGUUUUGGAACUGGGAGCUUAACUGGCCCCAUGAAAACUGAAACGCUUGAGGCCCCCUGACCCACUGCAGGGGUGUCAAUUUGAAUUAAAUACUGGGGAGGCCCAGGUAAGCACCACCCUGCAGAACUGAUCACAAGAUGCUACACAUGCACACCAUUCAAAUGGCAAUGGCUUUCAACUUGGGGGGGAGGGAGGCGACCCUGGCCCAAUCAAAUAUUUUAUAGGGGGUGAAGGGACCUUGAUCCCUAGGAGUUGGCUCCUAUGAUGCCCACACUUCGCAAAUAAUAUACAGUGGUACCUCGGGUUACAGACGCUUCAGGUUACAGACUCCGCUAUCCCAGAAAUAGUACCUCGAGUUAAGAACUUCGCUUCAGGAUGAGAACAGAAAUCGCGUGGCGGUGGCGCAGCAGCAGCAGGAGGUCCCAUUAGCUAAAGUGGUGCUUCAGGUUAAGAACAGUUUCAGGUUAAGAACGGACCUCCGGAAUGAAUUAAGUACGUAACCAGAGGUACCACUGUACAGAUACACACACACACACACACACACAAACUUUCCACAGAGCUUAUUUUAGAAAUGUGUGAACAACUCUAUGCAUGUCCACUGAGAAGUGAGCCCCACUCAGUGAGUCUUACUCCCAGGUAAAGGUUUACAGUGUCGGGAAACUGCCUUCAUAUGAAAAAUAAAAAUUGUCCUUGGGAUGGCUACUAUUACUAUCAUCAGUAUUAACAUAAGUAGUAGUAGUAGUAGUUGCAGUAGUAUUUCUAGUUCUGCCACAUGAUAAGAAUACCAAGUGUUACUCUCCUGUAGUCCGCAAUUGGAUCAAAUCCAGUUUGUUUCAGUGAUUCCUCCUCACCCUCUGGGGGAGGUGGAAGAGAGAGAUAAUUUCAUGCUCUUGAGAAAUUUGCCAACAAACCAGUCUCUGACUGUGUUGGAAAGUAAGCCCCUCUAUUUAUUAGGAAAUUUCCCCAGGUAAAUGUGCAGAUAGCUGUAUACCAGGGAUGCAGCCCUCUAAAUAUUGCUGGACUGCAGCUCCCAUCAUCCUUCACCAUUGACCAUGCCGGCUGGGGCUGAUGAGAAUUGGAGUUCAGCAACACCCAGAGGACCAUAAGCUCCCCAACCCUGCUACAGUAUUAACAAAAGCAAGUCUGCAGCUCUUUCUAAGGACACUGGGUAAAGGUAAAGGGACCCCUGACCAUUAGGUCCUGUCGUGGCCGACUCUGGGGUUGCGGCGCUCAUCUCGCUUUACUGGCUGAGGGAGCUGGCAUACAGCUUCCGGGUCAUGUGGCCAGCAUGACUAAGCCGCUUCUGGCGAACCAGAGCAGCGCACAGAAACACCGUUUACCUUCCCGCCACAGUGGUACCUAUUUAUCUACUUGCACAUUGACGUGCUUUCGAACUGCUAGGUUGGCAGGAGCAGGGACCGAGCAACGGGAGCUCACGCCGUCACGGGGAUUCAAACCGCCGACCUUCUGAUCAGCAAGCCCUAGGCUCUGUGGUUUAACCCACGGCGCCACCUGCGUCCCUCUAAGGACACUGGGCGGUAAGGCCUAUUAAAUACAGCAGGUAGUAUUUCCAAGGAUUGGGUUGGAUUUAAAGUUGGAUUCAAAGUGAAAGCAUUCUGAUUCACAGCGCACGUAGGCCAAAUUCUUGAAAGAAGUUUUAGUCCCCAAAUGGCACUAAAUUGUUUUCAAAUCGAAAUACUUAAUCUGAACUAGUUUGAGCUGAGGUGCCAGGAAAGUCAUGUAUAAUCCAGUAAAUUUGAUUUAAUUCUGUUGUAGAUGCUGCUGCUCUGUUGGUUGGCAUCAGCACAGCUAACUCAGGUCAGUUCCAGUGUGUGUACUAUGCUGUUAGGCUACCUGAGCCAACAUAGUUUUCAGGGAAAAAAAUCAUUGAGAGUAUAUAUCAUUGUAAAGUUAGCUGGGAUGAGAUUUCAUUGCAAUCUGAUUUUGAUUUCAAAGUCCCAUAGAUUUCCAUGGGAGACAGAAGCAAGUUUUAUUUUGAAAGCUUUUAAGAUAAUAUUUUAGUUUUCUGUUAUGUUGCUUUGACUGUAUACUCUAUAUUUGACUUUCUUCAGAUUGUUUUAUUUAUGUUUUAUUGAAUUAAUAUGCUGUAAACCGCUUUGAGAUUUUUCUUAAAAAUAUAAAGUGGCAUAGAAAUAAAAAUAAAUAAAUAAAUAAAUAAAGUGCUUAGGAGUUUUUCCAUAGCGACACAGAAGCGCUUGACAUUGGUUGGAUCAUGUUGAUUGAGAUUUACUUUUAAGUAAACAUGGAUAGAUUUUCAGCUUAAUUCCAUGCAUGUUUCCACUCAAGUAUGUCCCAUUGAGUACAAUGGGUUUACUCACAGGUAAGGGGAUACAGAAUUGUGGUUGUAGGUUUUGAUAUGCAGGGCUUGACUACAAAGCACAUGAUGUAUUGUCCCUGUGAGCAAAAAACCAUACACUGGGACAUCUGAGGUCUUGAAGAAUUGACAGUAAAACUGGGAUUUGGAACCUGUGACCCUAGAUGCUAGAUGUUGUUAGACUUCAACUUUCAUCAGCCCCAAUCAGCACACCCAAUAGUCAGGGGUGAUGGGAUUUGUCCAGCAACAUAUGAAUAUCCCCAGGUUCCCCAACCCAACAAUAUAGAAUCAAUGAACAAAAGCAAAAACAGAGCAAGCAAAAAUUCAGUCAUCUGGCUUUAAGCUGAGAACAAUUAUAUGGAAAUAAUAUUCCCCCUGCAUCUUUUGGACAUCACUAGUUUGAAGACUGCACAGUGCAGAGGAUCAACAGUGGCAGUGCAUUUUACUUAGAGGGACAGUGAGAUGGGUGCAAAAAUUCCCUGUCACAUUCUACCUUAUCCCCAUUUCCCCCCCUACAGUGGUACCUCAGGUUACAGACGCUUCAGGUUACAGACUCCGCUAACCCAGAAAUAGUACCUCGGGUUAAGAACUUUGCUUCAGGAUAAGAACAGAAUUCGCACGGUGGUGGCACGGCGGCAGCGGGAGGCCCCAUUAGCUAAAGUGGUGCUUCAGGUUAAGAACAGUUUCAGGUUAAGAACGGACCUCCGAACGAAUUAAGUUCUUAACCCGAGGUACCACUGUAUUUAGUAUCAUCAGUGAAACAGGAAGCAAUGCUUUAUGAUAAUGCUUCUCCUUCGAUACCUUAUUAUGACAUCAGCAAUUACAAAUAGCAGCAGCAAUUUCCUUUAUCAGAUGUAUGAAGUGGGUGAGUAGAGACUUUUAAAUAAAAGUUACUCUGCGGGUAAUUCAGUUGCCCCACAUAGCACCACAUUCCUAAGUGUCCCCAUGAGAUAUGUUUCCACCUUAGAAUCUUGAAUCUUCACAAACACGAACCGUCACAGCACUUGCUCUGAAGAUGCCCCUGAAGUUAAUGAGAACACUCCAGAAUAGCUUGUUGCAGCCAGGGGCGUAUUUACUAUGAAACUAAUUUGUUGUUGUUUAGUCGUUUAGUCGUGUCCGACUCUUCGUGACCCCAUGGACCAGAGCACGCCAGGCAUUCCUGUCUUCCACUGCCUCUGCAGUUUGGUCAAACUCAUGCUGGUAGCUUUGAGAACACCGUCCCACCAUCUCGUCCUCUGUCGUCCCCUUCUCCUUGUGCCCUCAAUCUUUCCCAGCAUCAGGGUCUAUUCCAGGGAGUCUUCUCAUGAGGCGGCCAAAGCUUAUUUAUUUAUUUAUUUAUUGAAUUUAUAUACCUGCAAGUCUCAGGGAGGCUCACAGCUUAAACUUCAGGGUCUCUAAUCCCACAGGGGCUCCAUAAUUAACUUUAGUCCACAUUGCUUUUUUAAAAAAAAGUUUUAAAUAUUCCAUUAUGCAUAUAUAUAGUAUUUUCCUCAUUUUCCCUCAGUCCGCUCCUCAUAACUCGAAAACCAUAAGGCAUAGGAAUUUUUUAUUCACACCAGUGACUUUGACAUGUGGGAUAAUCCAGCACAACAUUUUAAAUCAAAAUCUGAAAUGCAGUAGUUAACUAAAUUUCUUUUUAAAAUGGUGGUGAUCUGUCUUGCCCGGACACUGAGAUCCAGCACUGAGGGCCUUCUGGCGGUUCCCUCACUGCGAGAAGCCAAGCUACAGGGAACCAGGCAGAGGGCCUUCUCAGUAAUGGCGCCCGCUCUGUGGAACACCCUCCCAUCCGAUGUCAAAGAGAAAAACAACUACCGGUACCUGACGUUUAGAAGACAUCUGAAGGCAGCCCUCUUUAGGGAAGUUUUUAAUGACUGAUGUUUUAAUAUAUUUUUAAUCUUUGUUGGAAGCCACCCAGAGUGGCUGGGGAAACCCAGCCAGAUGAGUGGGGUAUUAUUAUUGUGGAACAACCCCAUUGAAGAAGAUAACAGUGGUUACCCAGAACUUGUUGCUGGUUGUGAAGGGGCCUGCAUAGCAGUUCAGGGCCCCCAAAAUGUGGGUCCACCACUGGCUGCAGCCUCAUGAAGAACAAACUAUAGGAGGCCACACGUUGCCCCCCUUCCCCACAACCAAUGCCCCUCUUUCUAUCUCCCCUUCUCCAAAGAUUGCUUCCAUUUUUCUCUUGAUGUUGUGCCUGAGAUGAUUCUAGCACGAAAGGCAAGCUUGUAUAAUAGCCCCGGGAGUUGGCAGGGAGCCUAUCUUGUACAGUAGUACUCCAUUUGAUGUACGGUAUUUCAUGGCACAGUAAGCUAAGAGACAAGUGAACACCAAGAGGCCUGUAAUAUGGGCUUUAAUUACAGCUGAGAGGGUUCUCCAGGCUGAUUAGCAAGAGGAGGGUGAAAAAAUCAAUUGCAGGCAUCCCUGUCACAAUGUGCUAAUAAAAAUUAAAAAGCACACCGUUUAUGAGGGCAAACAUAUUAUUGUUGUUUUUAAUCACAGGGAGGGUAUGGAGGUUAAAAAUACUAUACCACACAAAUAACUCCAUGCAAUUACAGGGCAAGCUGUCACCUUCUUCCAAGAGACUGUGUAUUAGACCAGGCUUUGCCAACCUGCUGGCUGUGGCUGAUGGGAGGGCACCAGGUUGGUGAAGCCUGUAUUAGCCAAAAAAAUUCAAGAUCCUUCAUGUUCACACUCACUCACUUCACACACAUAUAUCACAACCACUGGCAGAAUAACCCAUGCACGCCAGAUCACAAUGGGGCAAUUAAUGACAUCAUAGUGCUUACACACACUUCAGCAGAUGGGAUGUUGACUCACAGAUCCUUUUACUUGUGUCCACAUCAGGACACUGUGGAAAUAUUCUGAAAAAAUCUUUAGUAAAUGUGGUAUAGAUGAUUAUUGACUCCUCACUGUAGUUGCUAAUCUCACUGUUAGAAAAAACACACAUCCUGUUUGGUCCUCAACCCUGUUCUCCAUCUGUAUCUUGCCCAUAGCUUUCAAGUGUCCCUUAUUUGAAGGGACAGUCCCUUAUUCCAGCGCCAUGUCCCGCUGCUGUCCCUUAUUGAUGGAUGUCCCUUAAAUGCCCCUUAAAUUAUGUCCCUUAAAUUUCAAAGGAAGCAGCUCCUCUCCCUCCCUCCCUGCUGGCCAGGGAGGAGGGAGGCUCCAACUGUGUUGCUUGGCUGUGUUGCUCACCCAAUAAGAAGUCUAAGAACAACUGGGGGGUGGAGCUUGCAUGCCUUGUGUGUGGCUAGUUAAUGCAAGCUGAGGGGGUUUUUGAAUGCUGGACACCAUUUUGUUGCACGUGCUGCUGCAAACUUUGCAGUGCAAAGCCAGGCCAGGGAGCCAUCUUAAGUUGAGGCUGCAUAGGCCUUGUGGUGCAUGUGAUUCAGAUUCUAUUCAGUUGAACCUCUGGUUACAAAGUUGGUUUGGCAGUGUUCUCGAAGCUACCUAGCAUGAGUUUGACCAGACUGCAGGAGGACAGGAAGACUGGAGUGCCUGGAACAGGUGAGGCUGCAGGUCCCUUAUUUUGGCUGCUGGUCCCUUAUUUUCAAGGCUGCUGGUCCCUUAUUUUCAAAUCUGUAAGUUGACAGCUAUGACCUUGCCUAGGGAUUAAUGGCAAUGCAAAUAAAACCUGACUCAUUCUUUCUCAGGAAAGUCCAGAAUUGGGAUGGAGUGCUGGAAUCUGAGCAAUAUUCAAGUGAUUUUUUUUUGUUCCAUUUAAUUGGUUCUUGAACACUUGGAGUAUUAAGAUCUGAGAUUUUCUUUGUUUUUGUGUGUCUCUGUGUAGCAGAAGUUAAGAACCUGUGUGGUUACAGUAAGGUAAAGGUAAAGGGACCCUUGACCAUUAGAUACAGUGGUGGCCGACUCUGGGGUUGCGACGCUCAUCUCGCUUUAUUGGCCGAGGGAGCCGGCGUACAGGUCAUGAGGCCAGCAUGACUUAGCCGCUUCUGGUGAACCAGAGCAGUGCACGGAAAUGCCGUUUACCUUCCCGCUGGAGCGGUACCUAUUUACCUACUUUGACGUGCUUUUGAACUGCUAGGUUGACAGGAGGUGGUUGCAGUAGUUAGUGAAAAUUAUGCAUGGCAUGGAGAAAAUGCUUAAAGAGUAGUUUUCCUGCCUCUCUCAUAGCAUUAGAACAAUGAAGCUGAAAGUUGGAAGCUUCAGGAUUGACAAAUGGGUGUACUUAAUCACACAUCUCACAGGUGAAUUAUGGAAUUUGGAUUAGGAUAUAAGUGGCUACUAGCCAGUCAGAGGCAGUAAUAUUUAUGAAUACCAGUUACAGGAAACCAGAGGAGGAAAGAGUUCUAUUGGGAUGCCAUAACACUAUGCAUUUGAGUACUCAGCUGUUCCUUCCCCCUUUGGAACCUCUAGUCUACUGCACAACCACUGAUUUGGGGUCAGUAGGGAAAAGUUGGCCAAGUUUGGCCAAUGGAGAUUCACCGCCUGAUCAGUGCUUGGAUUAAUGUGUGUGCGAAAAUGGACAGUCCUUAAGAAAGCCCACAAACUCCACCCCCAGAAGCUAUGAAAAACAGUAGCUAUGGGGACAUCACAAAGAUGAUUUGUGGACUCCUGUAACUUAAGCACUCCACCAUACUCAUUCCUGCUGCUCUUGAUGUGGUCUUCAGUCCUCAUCCAACAGGGAACAGUGGGGAUGGCUGCAGACAUAUAUCCUUGCUGAUUCUGGUUGACCAAUGUAGAUCCUUGCAAAUUUUGGCUUGUUUCGGCAUAUGUUUGGUUUUUCAGGUCACAUUCACCCUCUGCUUCAUCCCACUCAUCAGCACCUGAGGAAAGAGAGAGUUUUGAAUUUAGUUUUGGAGUAUUGUCUUCUAUUUACUGCAUGGCGCUAGAAAUGAUUCUCAUUUAUGUAUGCCCACAAACCUGUUUGGAUCAAAAGGGUCAUCUAUACAACAUGCUUGGAGGUGGUCUAUUUCCACUUCUGAAGUACAAAAUGUAUUAUAAUGUGAGGUAGGCACUGCUCAUGCUAGAGGUGUGCAGGUCAGGAUAUAAUGACUUGCCUAAAACCAUCCAGUAUGAAUGCUUGUUUUUUUAUAUUAUUAAUCCAUUGAGUAUGUCUGCUUUUAUUUAGAAUCCUGCAGGGGUCUUAUGCCUCAGAAGCAUGGUAGUGGAUUCAGGGAUACAAUGAACAGGCAGGAUGUGGACAAUGCAAGCAAGGUUUUGCACAAACUUCUUUUGUUCACUUUCUUACCUGGGGGAAAAUGAGUAUGUUUGCAGGGUUGAUGGCAGGAUGGUAAACAUUUAGCAGGUGGCAAAAGGAACAGACAAAGGAGAAAAUGAGCAGGAGACAGGACUAGGUUUGGCCAGUGUGGGAGCAGAUAUUGUGAGAAUACAGCUGAGCAAAAUGGAAAUAAAUGAUUUGUUGGGCACCCUUGUGAAUGCUUUUUGCAAAAUGUUUCUCCAUAGAUAGCCAUGAAGGGAGAUAUUUAUUUCCAUGGAGGAAAUAAAAGCUGGUGGCCCAGACUGUAACAAAAGGAAGGCAGGUUAGGACACCUUCCCCCCACAAAACAAAGCGGGUUGUGGGGCAUGUCCCUUCUGAGCCACCAGCUUGUGAAUCUUCCCCUCUCCUAAGUCACAUCAGCACAUGCAUACUGAGCUGCAAAGGUAAAGGGACCCCUGACCAUUAGGUCCAGUCGUGGCCGACUCUGGGGUUGCGGCACUCAUCUCGUUUUAUUGGCCGAGGGAGCUGGCGUACAGCUUCCAUGUCAUGUGGCCAGCAUGACUAAGCCACUUCUGGCGAACCAGAGCAGCGCACGGAAACGCCGUUUACCUUCCCGCCGGAGCGGUACCUAUUUAUCUACUUGCACUUUGACGUGCUUUUGAACUGCUAGGUUGGCAGGAGCAGGGACCAAGCAACAGGAGCUCACCCCGUUGCAGGGAUUUGAACCGCUGACCUUCUGAUUGGCAAGUCCUAGGCUUUGUGGUUUAACCCACAGUGCCAGCGCCACCAGGCAGCAAAUGGUGGAAUCAAUGGAGGUAGGUCUGUGAUAGCCUUGGCUUAUUCCCAUCCCAAGCAUAGGUUGAAAUUAGAUAUGGAAGUGAAGUGGAAGUCAGCACUUCUGUGCAUCUAAUAAAUGCAGAAGAGAGUGUUCUGAUGGUACAGUUUAUCACUGUCACAGUGUUGUAGACAUAAGAAAAUGUGUACUUUUCCAACCUCCCUCUGCUACACAAUUAAUGAUACAGAAGUCCAGUCUUCUUUUCUGGCCUCAUUAUACCUCUGCAUCCUACCAACAUCCAGCGGAUCUCCUCCCCAUGAAGUGUGUGACUCAGGAGCUGCAGGCUUUCUUGUGAAAUCCUACCACUUCAGGCUUUUCUGCUUUCAAACUAGACUGAGAUUUCAUUUCCGGUCUGAGGAGCUCACAGCUCUACCAGCCGCAAGGCCUUUUUUUUGUAAUGUCGCCAAGGGGGUGCUUGGCUGUGGGCAGAACAGUCAGCAUUUUACCAUGUCACCCGGGAAUGAGUUGGCACCAUGGUUCUCAUGUGAAUCACCAACCCACAGCAUGAGUUCAUCAGCAACCAGGAAGGGCACGCUCUCGGAUGGACAGAGCUGUUCCACAAGAAUGUGACAGAAAAUGUCAAAAGAAAAGCUUCACUGUCCCAACUGAUCACUCAAUGAACCCAGUGAGCUGCUACAUUCAGUGUUCACUAUAACACAUCCACCCCUCUCUGAAUGACAUAGUUCUGUUGCAGAGGCCGGAGAUUUGGAGCCGGUUUCUGUACAAGGCAGAAGAAGCUGCCUUAUAAUGUCAGACUAAUGGUCCAUCUAAGCCAGCAUUGUCCACCCUGGCUGGCAGAAUUCAUAGAAAGGUUGCAGGUGUGGUGUGUUUGGCACUGAUAAACAGAAGACUUGAGGUUGGAGGGGCUCUGGGAAGAUCUUUCUUCCCCAGUCUCCAAUUGCAGCUGCCUGUAUGUACUUCUGUUUUCAAAGAGAAAGCCGAAUGUUGAGAAUGUGGACUGGGUGUAUCUACUCACAUUUCAAAUCACGAUGUGAUUGCUUCAGCUUGCACCAACCUUACAAAAGUGCCCAUAUGCCAUGCAUCUGAUGAAAUGGACUCUAGCUAACAAAAGCUUGCAUUGCGAUAAAUUUGUUAGUCUUCUUAAAAGUUAUUUUUUAUUGCAAAUUUAUUCAGCUUCAAGUUGUCUCCUUAACAUUUUUGCUGCAGUAGGCUAACAUGGCUAUCUACCGGGAACCUGAUCCAGGCACACCAAUCUUCUGCUGGACACAAUCCAACCUUGGAUGCUUUGCAGAAGCAUGGGAUGCGUGUCUUGGAUUGUGAAUUGAGUUGUGAGCAUUCUGAAUUCUGGAUCAUGGCCAUUUGCUAUGUGCACUGAUUGGCCCAAAGUAAUGGGCCUCCAUGGGGAUGCGGGUGGCGCUGUGGGUUAAAUCACAGAGCCUAGGGCUUGCCGAUCAGAAGGUCGACGGUUCGAAUCCCCGCGACAGGGUGAGCUCCCAUUGUUUGGUCCCUGCUCCUCCCAACCUAGCAGUUCGAAAGCACGUCAUAGUGCAAGUAGAUAAAUAGGUACCUCUCUGGCGGGAAGGUAAACGGCAUUUCCAUGCGCUGCUCUGGUUCGCCAGAAGCCGCUUAGUCAUGCUGGCCACAUGACCCGGAAGCUGGACAUCGGCUCCCUCGGCCAAUAAAGCAAGAUGAGUGCCGCAACCCCAGAGUCGGCCAUGACUGGACCUAAUGGUCAGGGGUCCCUUUACCUUUACCUUUUAAUGGGCCUCCAUGGUCCCUUCCAACUCUAAAAUUCUAUGAAUCUAUGCUUGAAUCUAAAGUUCAGUUAGCUUACUGCAACGUGGAUUGGUCUGGCGCAAAGAGCAAAAGGACUCCUUUUGAACACACUCUUGCACAUUGGAAGCUAAAGCCUCAACAUUCAGACUAUUCUUAACAAUUUUGCUUAGAGAUUUGUUGUCUUCUUAUAACGAUAUAUCUCUACAGCUAUUGUUUUGCAGAAUAUUCUUCUUAUUGCCUCCUCUACCCAUACUUUUUUGGUUUCUUCCCAUUUCCAUUAGCCUCUUGAAACUUGUUUUCUUGAUUAAAUAUAAUUAGCUCAUUGAUUCAUUUUUAUGCAUUUGAUAUUCUGCUGUACUCCAUUACUCCCAUUGUUCACUCUUUCACCAAAACAUUAUUUGAUAUUUUAUAUCUUGUCAUAUAAGGGUGAUUUUGCAGUACUGUGUUAAUUCCUAAAUAAAGAAUUGAGGGGCAGGAAGAGAAUCCUGAAGAGGAGUCUUAUGGAGUCUACAUGACACACUGAACCACUUUUCUCUCUGUUUAAUUUCCAGACACUAAGAAACUUUAUGAACUUAGUUCUGUGAAGAGACUCAAAAUCCCACUGAAUUCAGUGAGAUUUAUUUAUGAGCAUGCUUAGGAUUGCUCCUCAUAUCCUUUGGAGCACUUGCUAAGGCACACAAACUUUCUUUUCGACUUUGCUUACAUCCAGUAAUUGACACCCUUUCCUGAAAGCCAGUAGGUACCUCUACUCCCUCCCUCCCUCCCGUGGAUGCAGCUAUCGUUUUAUAAUAUAAUAUUUACUUUGGAUAGUUUUAAGAAGGAGACAAUUAGUAUUUAUACCAGACAGGAUUUUUUCUUUUUUUUAAAAAUUGUGUUUAUAUCGGACUAUUUGAAAAAGGAGAAGCCAAUAAAGUUUUGGUGUGGGGGCUUUUAGUUGUUGCUGUUGGUGGUGAAAUUAUUGGUUGGACUGUAUUUACAAGCUUGGCUCUGGUUUUUAACCAGCACAUCUUGAAGUAGCUGUUGUGGUGGAAGAGGCAACGCCACUUGUUCUAAGCACCGCUCCUCACUUUUAAUGGGAAACUCAAAACAUUUUUUUUAUAUUAAUUGUCUUCUUGAUGUUAGAAUUUUGAACUUAAUGGCAGAGCAGACAGCGCAGAAAGCAAACAAUUAAAACAUUUUAUGUAUUUGAUCUCUGAUAGGCAUCUCUGCAAGAUAGAUUUUAACAUUUUUUCUUCUUAAUUCCGCCCCCCUUCCAGUAAGAAGGAUAAGCUUGGAGUGCCCAGUCGCCGUGGUAACUGCCAGAAAAAUUCUCCAGAAGUUUGAAGAGGUCAGCUAACAGGGUCAACAACUCUGGCCUCUUUCUGAGCUGGGGCAGGCAGGCCCCAUCCUGCUGGCAGAAUGUUCGCCAAGGCCUAACCCUGGGAGGUGGGCCAUUCCAGCUCUGAUAUAAAUUUUUUGAGUCAGUUCACGGCCUGGACUCUCCAGGUGGCCUCCAAAAUCGAUGGUGACCUCUUGACCCUGUCUAACGUCGGCAUCGCAUCCAACCUAAGGAAGGAUUUAGGCAGGAGUGACAGCUUUCCACUGAGUGUUAUUGGGGACAGUACAAACAGUUUGGGAAGCAAGGAGGUAGGUAUGAGGAGACCAGGUCAUUAAAAGCAUAUUAAAAAACAAUUGCAGUGGGUUGAGAUGGGGCGGAGGGGGGGGGCAGGGCGGGAGGAACAAUCCUUGUUAGUGGUUACUUUCUGGUUAGCAUUUAUUUAUUUAUCUAUAUUUAUUUUGUUUGUUUGUAAAUCUUUGCAGAGGGCUGCUCCCAUCCUUGUCUUCAGAUCUUGCUUUUAA